AAAGCAUUAUUUUGUGACUGCCCCCAACACUAAAUAUUUCAUUCACUUCAUGAAUUAAUUCUCGCCUUAUUUCAAGAACAUGUACCGAGGAGGCUUCCAAAAAGAUCGAAGUUAUCAUACCAUUGGUUAUUAAAGGAUGGCAGAAACAGAAGAAGUUAAUCCAGUGUUUUUGCAGCAACUGAUGGAGCUGGGCAUCUCUGAAGAUAAAGCCAAGGAGGCUCUGAUUAAAACUGGGAAUCAGUGCAGUGAUUCUGCUGCUCUGUUUUACUUCAGUGAACUUGAACUGUUUUCUGGAUUGGAGGUUGGUGGAUCUGUGAAUGAUGUAUAUAAGAUGGUGUUUGUUGUGAACAUGGAAUUGACCAUGGGAGUUGGAAAGGUUGCAGCGCAGGUGGCCCAUGCCGCUGUGGGUCUGUAUCAGGUGAUGUUAGAGGAGUCCCACAACUUCCGACAGAUGUUGACAACAUGGGACAAUGAUGGAGGUAAGAAGAUAGUAUUGAGAGGGCAGAGCACUGAACACAUCUUAGAGCUUCAAGAAAAGGCUUGUCAACUGCAGCUGCCAAACUUUCUUGUCCAGGAUGCUGGAAAAACCCAGAUUGCUGCUGGAUCACGCACAGUCUUGGCAAUCAUGGGUGAGGAGAAGCUGGUCAAUCAGGUUACUGGAAGUCUUCAGCUCUUGUGACACAAAACAACUAAUAAUGGCUUUUAAAGAAGAGUUGACUGUUUGAGGCAGUAAUAAAUGAAAACACCUAUGAUAUGCACUGGAAACCUGCUUGAUGAAUGGAUUACCAAAUUCAUGAUGUCACACAAUUGUAUUGCUGAUUUAAAAUUAAUUUUAUUAACUGCUGUGUUUGCUUCAAAGUUUAAAGGUUAACUGCUGCUUGCCAAACAACAUAACCUUUAGCUCAAAGAUGAUCUCAUGUGUGGCAUCAAUUUUCAACUUCGAGAUGGAGUGCUCAAGUCAUCAUAUUUAUAAGUGAGGAAGAAGCAACUGACCAGUGAAUGAACUGUCUAUGUCAAGUCAAAAGUAGUAAAUUAAUGACUUAGUUUUCCACUAAUUUUGGAGACAUUGGGAUUAGUAUCCCAGAUCCAUUCAUGCUUGACCUGGAUGUGUCCAAAGGAUGCAUGAAGAGGCGAACAACAUGAAUGAUGACCCGAAUGAAUUAUUUCUGUCAAAAUGUGAACACUCUGUAUAAAUUCUGUUUGUGUAUUGUA